CUGUUCUUAGUAAAUGGCGGAUGUCCAAAAAAUGUUUACAUUGACGACCUUGAAAGAAAGUGCUUAUAUUUUUAUUUGACUAAUUGUUGGAUAUGUUGCAUGCAGACCAUAACAUUGCAUAAAGUUUUUUUAACCAAUGGCAAGUGGAGGCUCUAACAACCGACCCUAUAGUUUAUCAAAAGAUGAGGCCCUAGCUCGAAUGUUACAAGAGGAAGAAUAUAAUGCAGUAAACCAUGAAGAUGAACAGUUAGCUCGAAGAUUACAGGGAAAUAUGAUGUUUGGCCCAGAUGCAGACUCUCCAAGUGCCAUAGCAGGGAAUGGAAGACCUCCUAUGAGAGCCAUGACUCCAAUAACACAGUUAUUUUCUACUUUGGUUAAUGCCAGCUUACAACACCAUCCUAGGCAAGCUAGACGAUCUCUAGGUUUACUUCAGUUAUCUUCAGAUGAAGAAGACCAUAAUGAUUCUGAUUCAGAUUCUACUGUAGAAGAUGAACAAGGAAUGAGCACAUCAAGAACUGGUGUCUCAUCCUCUAGUAAUGUUGUUGGCAGGGGUGCUUUAAGGGGAGGACCUAGAGGUGGGCGGGGGCGUAUUGGAUUUCGGCCCUCAGAGACUUUAGUUAAUGUAUCUUCAGAAAACACACCAUCAGAUACUGCAAGGUCAAUGUUUUCUGUGGGUUCAGAUAACCAAUCGUCAAGAUCAACAACAUCAGUAAGAGGGAGGCCACCGAGGGGUACAGGAAUAAGAGGAACAAGGAGGGGAACUACAACGAGAAGAGCUCCCACCACUGGAACAAAUAAUUCAGAAACAGGCGAGCCUCGUUCUAAUGCUGCAACUAGUCAGACAAGAACCAUUGGGCGGACUGCUCCACCAAGAAAUAUGGAACCUUCAGUCCCCCCUCUUUCUUUGGCAAUCAAUCGGCCAGAGUUACCUGAUGGUGAAGUAGAACCAGAAAUAUUAAUAUUAGACAGAGGAGGAACAGGGAGUGAUGCUAGAUUCUUACAUAUAAUGAGAGACCCAAUGCUACUGCUGCUAUUUUUAAUGGGUAGAACACCACACCUCCUUGUACCAGAUGACAUAGAUCCUACCGAUUAUGAGGCAUUAUGGGAUUUAGCAGAAAGAAUUGGAGAGGUAAAAACCCGAGGACUAAGUGAGAAGGAUUUGGAAUCAUUGUCAACAAAGAAAUUCAAAGGAAAAACAAAAUUUAAUCAGGAAGGACCUCAGUGCCAAGUUUGUUUAUCAGAGUAUAAGACAGGAGAUGCCUUAGUAAAUCUUCCGUGUAAACAUGAAUAUCAUGAUAAGUGCAUCAAAGAAUGGCUAAAGAGAAAUGCUUCCUGUCCAAUCUGUCGUCAUGAAAUAAAAUCCAACAGUUCAUGAAUAUGAAGACUUAUAAACACACUCAAAGGAAGAGUUAUUGUAAAGAACACGGUUAUUUCUGGUGAUUUGAUAUCGUCUUUAUAUCUUUCAGAUUAUAAAAAGUAGACAAAGGUUAACUUAAGACAUUUUUAUGCCAGCUUACGCUGAAUUUGAAAUUGAAUAUACCCCCACUUUCCCAAUUUGUAUAGCUAUUAGGGUACAUGUUUUUUAUGGAACCUAAACAACAUUAAAGAAGAAUAAACUGGUGCACAAUUAUGUUGCAAAGAAAACUUGGAAUGAAGUUUUAUUAACAACCAGUCAGUGAUUGAAGACAUCUUAUUCCUAUUAUAGUAUUAUUGAAAAGUCCAUAUCUUACAAUGAGAAACCCCAAUAACCCUUUGUAUAACAAAAAAAAAAAUAUAUUCAAAGGUGCACAAUGUCAUUUAGGGUUUUCAGAUUUUCUGGUUGUUUUGUUAAAUUGCAGUCUUUGGUUUAAAAAGAUUUUCACAUACAAAGUGUGGAUGGACAAACAAAGAUGAAAAGUUCAAAAUUAUGAACAAACAAAUAAGAUGAUUACUUUUCGAAAACAGUGUUUCUCCACUUCAAUAAGGUUAAUAUGAAAAAUAUUUGAAUAAUUAAGUCUUAAUACCUUACAAGAAAUAAUGAAUUGAAAAUACGGUAUAUGUUGAAAAUAUUGUUUGAGAAAAAUACUUGAAUUUUUUAUUUCUUUUGAUAGACAAAGUUCUAUGUUUCUAGAAUUAUAGAACAAAUAAGGUAUUCUUCCUUAAGGGAAAUUUUAUCACAGACAUUCCAAUUCAUGAAAUGCCAUAAAAAUAAAUUCUUUAUUAUUGUUCUUAUUUAUCUGUCACACAAGAACCCAUUCCAUUACACAAGAUCAGAUUAAGGUCUGUAAGAGUUUUUCAUUUGUGCCAAAUUCGAUCCAACAUUUUAACACCCAUCAUCCAUCAAAAAUGAGUUCCCUGAUACCAUAUCCAGUAUUUCCUUUCAAGUAAGGAAGAUUUAAAUCAUGAUUAUUGAUAUACAAAAUGUAAUCAUGAAAUCAUGUGACUUUUCACCUUCAAAAUCAUUAACUAUUUUUAUAAAUCAUGGUAUCCAAAGGGUAGAGACUAGCACAUUCAAAUAGACAAUUGCCUGUCCAGGAUUCAUGUAGACAUAGGCUGGCUAAAUAUUUUUGCUUACAGUGUUGGUUUAAUUUAAUGUUAUAUAAUAUUUUUUCUUAGAAGAAGAAAGCUACUGAUUUUUACAGAUAAGUCAGUCCAGUUCGGCAGUUGAUAUAACUGUGUUAAAUGUCAGUUUAUUUGUAUUUACAUUUUUAUGCCCCUGCCAUAGUGGAGGGGGCAAUAAGUACCAUUGUCUGUCCGUAUGUUCGUCUGUAUGUACAUUCCAAAAUUGGUUUCCAUUCUCUAACUAUAGUUUGCCUCAGCCAAAUGUUAUGAAACUUAUACACAAUGCUUAUUAUCAUAAAACACAGAUCAAGUUCGAAUUUGGGUGGUGUCACUUUUACUGUCUCUAGUUAUGUCCCUUUAUAGCAUUAUGUGCAAGCAGCUAGAGGCAUCAUCUGUGUCCCAUGGACACAUUCUCAAUUUAUUUUUAUAAUUUUAUUUCUAUUAUAAUCUACAAGAUGCUCUUUAUGUAUUUGGUUGGAUUACCUAAUCAUGCAUCCCGAUGUUACUUGGAGAAACUUAUCUUCCUUUCUUACCUGACUGCAUCAGGGAGAAAAGUUCCUUGUACAAAAAAAAUUAGAAUCACCAAUCUCGUUAUGAAAUUUAUGCUUCUUCAACUUCAUCAGAUUUCUGUAUGUUGUCUAAGACUUCAGUCACUCCAAAGGUCUAUUGGCUGUUAAAAGGAAAUCCAGCUAAAUUGGUUCAGUCCAGUGAGAAGAGGUUCUUCACUGGACCAAUUUUCAAGUAUUAUUCAGAAAGAUUUAUUAAAGCCUUGUAUCCUUAGAGACUAAUGUUAGUAUAUAUCAAAGUGCUGCAUUUCUAAGAAAAGGGUCAAUGAUCUGGAUCACAUAUUCUGACAGGAAAUUUUCCAUAUUUUCUAUCCAUAAUUUCAGGUCAUGCUUAGAUCAUUUUAUUUAAAGGGAACAAAAAUACAUUAUGUAAUUAUGAAACAUGUUUUAAAUUUGUGUUGUUACAUUCUGUAUGAAACCUAUAUCAGUAUUUUGAUAUGCUAGAUGUACUGUUAAUUCAUUUAUUUUCGUCGGUACCGAUUUUUCUAGGAUUGGGGGAAAAUGGUAUUUUUCUUGAAUAUUUGAUAUCAUGGUUCUUCAAAGUUUGUAUACAUGUCUUUAGACAAUUUAUACUUUGUUGAACAUUUAAAUUCAUGGCUUCCAUAUACUCGUGAAAUAAAAAAAAAAGGGUAACCUGAAUCCACAGUAUACUGUCAUUUCUUGUGGUUUUAUAAAAUUUUCAUUUCAGCAAAUUAUAUUUCAAUCUUGAUCAUUGAAUUUUGACCAUAUGUGUGAUGUUUUGGAUACAUUAUAUUGUAUUUCAUAUUAAAUUUCUAUUUAUAGUCAUACUUCACGUACAUGUGGAUUGUGAAGGUAUCUCAUACUGUAAACCAACUUAUUAUCGUGGAUACUUUAUUUCACAUUUAGCCCUUUCAAGCCCACUUCACAAAAAUUUAUUUUCACGAUUUUGAAAUUUACUUGAUAUAGUUGAAUAAGAAAGAUGAAAUUUUACAUAUUCACGACGAUUUAUUUUCACAUUAUUUUUCUACUUGCGAAAAUCUCCAAAUUAAAUCGCACACGAAAAUUAGUUGGCUUACAGUAUUUGUUUGCAUUGAGCACUAGAUAAAAAUGAUAAGAUAAGGCUGUUGAAAGUUGACAUGUGUAGUCUUUAUAUUUUUUCUUAAUCCCCACAAAUGCCUUCAUUGGCUCAGAUAAGGUACAUGUAAUUGCCUGGAGUGAGUCAGGUGGUAGUACAACCUCUGGUUGGGUCAAUCCAAAGACGUUAAAGGUUUGUAAUGUUUCACUUUUAAGCUAGCUGUAUAAGAGCAAAGACGGCUUAAAGUCAGAGUAAUAUUUUCUGCAUGUAGGUAACAUGUUCCUGUGGUCUGUUUUUUGUGAACCAGUACAGUAAAAACUCUCGACUCAGUAUGUCAAUCAAGUUCUACUUUGUGAACAAGCACAGUGAAACCCCAACUUAGCAAGUCUGUUAACUUCUAACCAAUGUAUCUUCAUAUGACAUUAAGAAUAUAAGACAGGUGCUACCUGGGAAAGAGGACAAAUAAGUCAUUAACCAAAAAAUCAAUAAACUCCUACAGGUUUAUACCUAUAUAUAUGAUAAGUACAUCUGAAUUAGAUUUCAUGCCAGGAAGAGUUUUUUUUUUUGGACUUCAGAAAAGGUGACAUUAUAUUUCACAAAACUUUAAUUUAAAAUCAUAAGACAAAUAGAUUUAUCUAUAAUUAGACAUCUCUCCACUCUAUGGUUAAAUUAAAGAAUUUGAAUGUUUUACUUUUUUGAGUAAAGAAUUGUCUGUAUUUCAGUUUAUUUGUUUAAGAAUUAUAUUUCUAUGUUUACUGGUUAUGUAUUGUUGUUUACAUCUUUUUGUUUGUUUUACUGGAUAUUUUUUUUUAGUUUUUACUCAGUAUUGUUUAUAUAUAACUACUCAAACUAUUAUGUCAAUUAUAUAUACAUUUUUUUUUCCUUUUUAUAUCUUAUCUGUUUCUGGUAUUAAAGUGUAGAAAAAACAAAUUUAAUAAAAAGAAAUAUGUAAUGGAAAAUACAACCUUCCCAUCAAUAAAAAUUAAAAAAAAUAUAAAGGUCUCACAAAAGAACACAAUUUUUUCCAUGACCUUGCCAGUGAGAGGAAACCUCACCCCUCAUGCUAGUUAAUUUUCAUCCACCAAUUCAACAUAACUUUGUAUCAGUAAUUCUUCCUUAAACAAGAGGAAGCCUAACCUCUCAUACUAGUAAAUUUUUCAUCUUCCAAGUCAACAUAAUUUUGUAAUUCUUCAGUUAGAGAAUACCUGACGUCUUAAGCGUCACUUUGUAUAUGUAAUUCUCCUUGUUGAGUCAAAAAGCUAUUUCUCACCUGUAUAUAGAGUUUUGCAGAGAUUAAAAUGCAUCUAAACAGAAAUCGGAUUUAGUGACUUGGAUGUUCAUACAACUUAGUGUUACUGUUUGGAGAUAAAUAUAUUUACAAUCAUGUAGCCACCUCAUUUUUCAGUGUUAAAAAUAUAGUCAGUAAGGAUAAGGAAAGUAAAGAACUUUAGUUGAAUGUGAAGAAGGAAUAUUUAGAUAAGUGUAGAAAUAAUCUGAUUUACUUUGCCCACACUUUGCUUAAAAGUAUCUCACAACACUCUGUACUACUCUUUGGUUAUUAUUAAUUCAGCCAAUGAAAUUUCUGCUUCCAAAUUUUUGAAAGUGUAUGGUUAUGACAAAGCAAGAUGAUCCCGAAAGGUCUUUGAAACAGAAAGUAGAAAUGAACAAAUGUUAGAUCCUAAAUGUACCAGUAAGCGAAGGAUGGAGACAGAAUCUGUAUUUCGAUCAGAUAACUGUAGAAAUCAUUUAGAUUUUUUGUGAUGAUAUAAUUAUGUCUGUGAUACAUUUUAUUUUACAUGUAUUAUGAAUCUUUUCUGAGAAAUGUCAUAUUUAAUGACCAUGUUUUUCUUUAUUUUUAUAUCAUUUUAUAAUUUUAUCAAAGUUUUCAGUGUCCAAAAUCAUUCCUUAUAUAUAUAUGUACCUAAAUUAAAGAUAAUUUUGCACUGUUUUAAAGAAAGUUUAUUAUGUAUUAAUGAUUACAGGAACUAUUAAAGAUUUAACCUUUUACUUGUAAUCUUGUCAGCACAUUUAUAUGUAUGACUGUUUUAUAUCUAGUAAGUUUUGCUAGUCAAAGUUAACUGAUAUCACAAAAGUAAUAAACUGUUUUGUUGUUUAA